AUUCCUCUCUGAUCACACACGGUGUGUGUUUUACAUCUAGAAUUACAAAAUGGAUUUUUUCAGGACAGAAUGUGCACCGUUUAUGAGAGACCUGAAAGAAAUUGGUGUAUGGUUAUGGAGAUUUCGUAACUACUUAAUCAUCUACAUCACUCCUUUCCUGAUCCUUCCUCUGCCUUUGAUUUACCCUUCACCGGAAGCAAAUUGUGGCUAUGUUAUCAUCCUGAUGGCGCUGUACUGGUGUACGGAGUGCAUCCCACUGGCUGUCACUGCGCUGUUACCAGCCAUCCUUUUCCCAUUUCUGGGCAUCAUGGAGUCCGAACAGGUGUGUGUGUUGUACCUGAAAGACUCCAACAUGCUGUUCAUUGGUGGUUUGCUGGUGGCUAUAGCGGUAGAACACUGGAACUUACACAAGCGUAUCGCCCUGGGGGUCCUGCUGAUAGUGGGGGUUCGACCUGCUCUGUUGAUGUUAGGCUUCAUGAGUGUAACAGCUUUCCUCUCGAUGUGGAUCAGUAACACCGCUACUACCGCCAUGAUGCUGCCCAUCGCCCAGGCCGUGCUGCAUCAGCUCAGUAAAUCAGAAGCCGAGAGAGACGAGAGAGAGCUGAGAGAAGGCAGAGACAACCAGGCAUUCGAGAUGGCUGAAAUCACCACCACUAAAAUUCCCUUGGACAACGUAAACCAAUAUGAGACCACAGGUCUGGAGCACACCAUGGAUUCGGUAGCAGAGCAUAAAAGGAAGGCUCGGGAACAGAAGUAUCUCUGGCUGAAUAAAGGGAUGAGUUUGUGUGUGUGCUACUCAGCCAGCAUCGGCGGCACAGCCACGCUUACAGGCACAACACCAAACCUUAUCCUCAAAGGCCAGAUGGAUAACCUUUUCAAAGAGAACCCCAAUGUGAUCAACUUUGCCAGCUGGUUUGGCUUUGCGUUUCCCAACAUGGUGUUGAUGUUACUUUUGGCCUGGCUGUGGCUGCAGUUCAUGUAUUUGGGUUUGAAUUUUAAGAAGACAUUUGGUUGUGGGGUGAAAAAUGCGGGUGACGAGGAGGCCUACGGUGUGAUCAAGCAGGAAUUUAAGAAACUGGGCAGAAUGAAAUUCGCUGAAGGUGCUGUGCUUACAAUUUUUGUGGUGUUGGUGGUGCUGUGGUUCAGCAGAGAGCCAGGAUUCAUGCCAGGCUGGGCUUCUUCGCUUAACGAAUAUGGACAGUUUGUCACUGACGGCACUGUAGCCAUUCUUGUGUCCACCGUGUUCUUCCUCAUCCCGUCUCAAAUACCAACAUAUUUAUGUGGUUUAACAGACGAUGAACCUCAAGGAACGGUAGAAGGAGAAGACACCGUGCAACAGAGACAGAAGCCCCAAGCUCCUCCAGCUCUGCUGGAAUGGAAGGUGGUGCAUGAGCGGAUGCCGUGGAACAUCGUCCUACUCCUGGGAGGUGGAUAUGCCUUAGCUACUGGCAGUGAGGUUUCCGGACUGUCAAAAUGGCUGGGUCAAAGUCUUGCCCCUCUUGAGAACAUCCCACCAUUUGCCAUCUCGAUACUGCUCUGUCUGCUGGUGGGAACGUUCACGGAAUGCUCCAGCAACACGGCCACGACAACGCUCUUCCUCCCUAUUCUCGCUUCUAUGGCCACAACUAUAAAUCUCCAUCCUCUGUAUGUCAUGCUGCCCUGCACCAUCAGCGCCUCCAUGGCCUUCAUGCUGCCAGUGGCCACUCCACCCAACGCCAUCGCUUUCUCAUAUGGCACUCUCAAAGUACUCGACAUGGCAAAGUCUGGCCUCGUGCUCAAUUUAAUCGGCAUCCUGUGCAUCAACUUGGCGAUUAACACAUGGGGAACACUCAUGUUUCAGCUCGACGUCUUCCCCGCAUGGGCCAACACCACAGAAAUUCCGACUGCAAUUCCGACUGAAACUCUGAAUACAACUCUGGCUACAACUCUGACUGCAACUCUGGCUACAACUCUGAAUGCAACUCUGACUGCACCACUGUGA